AUGUUGAAAAAACUUCCUCGCACAGUACUUUGUACUUUGUUGCUUUAUGUCUAUGUGUUUCCGUUCACGACGACCAAGGGUCAGUCUGAGAAAGGGGAAUCCAAAUUGUUAUCAAGUUUGAGAAACUUGGAUAACUUUCACACCGAAAAAAGUUUGAGAGUCAAUCCCUUUCUCUAUCACCGCGCUCGUCAUAGUAAGAGGCGGAAUCGGGAAGCGAAAAAACCGAAUAAAGUUUUGCAAUAUUUGCGUUAUUCACCAGAAAAUUCGAGACAACGAAAAGCGCUGGCAAUUGAUGAUUAUACUUGGCCAGUUAAACGAGUGGCCGAAAUAAAAGGAGACAUAAUUUUAGGCGGACUCAUGAUGGUUCAUGAGAGAGAAGAUGAAAAAAUAUGUGGCCCCAUCAUGCCUCAAGGCGGAAUUCAAGCACUCGAAUGUAUGUUAUAUACUUUGGACUGGAUCAACAAUAAUAACUUUAUACCCGGUGUAAAACUGGGAUCUUAUGUCUUGGACGAUUGCGACAAAGACACCUACGGCUUGGAACAAGCAGUGGACUUUAUCAAAGGCUCUAUGAGCAACAUUGAUGAAGGAUCAUACCGUUGCCCAGAUGGAUCUGCUCCUAUGAUCAGACACAAAAAAAUUUCAGGAGUUCUUGGAGCCGCAUCAUCUGUUACUUCCAUUCAAGUAGCAAAUUUGCUAAGACUUUUUAAAAUACCACAGGUGAGUUUUUUUUCUACAAGUCCGGAGCUCAGCAACAAAAACCGUUUCGAAUACUUUCUCCGAACGGUUCCGUCUGAUACAAAUCAAGCUGAUGCUAUGGUGCAGAUAAUUACCCAUCUGAACUGGACAUAUGUCUCAAUAUUAUAUGAAGAAUCAGCCUAUGGAAUACAGGCAUUUACAGUUUUGGAAGACCUUCUAACAAGACAAAACAUCUGCAUAGCAGUUAAAGAAAAACUAACAAAGGAUUCUGGAGUUGCUGGAGAUGAAUAUUACGAUAGAAUCGUCAGAAGACUCAGGACUAAGAAGUACGCCAAAGGUGUCAUAAUAUUUGGAUCUGACCAAGAAGUUGCUGGUGUAAUGCGCGCAGUGCGCAGAAAUAAUGCUACUGGAUUAUUUUCAUGGAUUGGCAGCGAUGGCUGGAGUGCAAGAUCUUUGGUUUUCGAGGGUAAUGAGAGGGAAGUUGAAGGAACUAUAUCUGUUCAACCACAAGCGCAUCCAUUGCCUGGUUUUGACGAUUAUUUUUUGAAAUUGACUGUUCAAAAUAAUCAACGGAAUCCGUGGUUUACAGAAUUUUGGGAGGACUAUUUUAAUUGCAAAUGGCCCAAUAGUUUAAACACACCUUAUAAUCAAGGGCGUGAACCAUGUACUGGAAAAGAAAAACUGUCAUUCGAUAAUGGAUACGAGCCUGAAAGACAACUGCAGUUUGUCAGUGAUGCAGUCCUUACUUUCGCAUAUGCAAUCCGGGCGAUGCAUCGAGAUUUGUGCGGUGGAACUUCUGGUCUUUGCCCAGAAAUGGAUCCCCCUGAUGGACAAGUGCUACUCAGUUAUAUGAAAAGUGUAUCAUUCAAAGGUUUAAAUGGAGAAGAAUUUGAAUUUUCAGAAAAUGGAGAUGGGCCAGCACGCUAUAACAUUAUUCACUUUAAACAAGUGACCCCAGGAAAUUUUAAGUGGAUUUGUGUUGGAAAAUAUGAAAAUGGAAAAUUACAGAUGAAUUUUUCGGAGGUACAGUUUCGCUUAGAAGAACCUAAGAUGCCAAUAUCUGUUUGUAGUUUGCCUUGCAAUGCAGGAGAAGUCAGAAAAUACUUAGAAGGGGAGAGCUGCUGCUGGCAUUGCUUACGAUGCUCGAAAUAUCAAGUUUUGCUUUCAGAUUCCAUGUGCUUUGAAUGUCCUUUUGGAUCGAUCCCUAAUGAAAAUCGCACUUGGUGCCUGGAAAUCCCUCUCAGAUAUCUUCAUAUACACAGCGGGUGGGCAAUUGGGGCAGUAGUAUUCUCAACGGUUGGUAUUAUGUCUACUUUGAUCGCUAUAUUUGUAUUCAUCAAACAUAAUGACACUCCAGUCGUCAAAGCGUCUGGACGAGAGCUCAGCUAUGUUCUACUUUUUGGAAUCCUCACGUGCUUCGGGAUGACUUUCAUACUAAUACAAAAACCUACGGAUUUUAUGUGUGGUGUACAGCAAACAGGCAUUAGUAUGUGUUUCACCAUUGUCUAUAGUGCUUUGCUCACGAAAACCAACAGAAUAUCUCGCAUUUUUAAAGCUGGUGUUCAAACAGUGAACCGUCCAAGAUUCAUCAGCCCCUUUUCCCAAUUGUUUAUCUGCUUUUGCAUAACUAUAGUGCAAGUGGUGAUUUCUGCAGUGUGGUUGAAUAUCUCACCUCCUAAUGCAAUUCACUACUUUCGUUCAAGAGAAGAAAACCAUCUGGUGUGUGCUGCAGCAGUGGAUGCAACUUACAUGGUUGCUUUUGCUUACCCAAUGCUUUUAAUAAUAAUAUGUACUGUGUACGCUCUCCUUACAAGAAAAAUUCCAGAAGCCUUCAAUGAGUCCAAAUAUAUAGGAUUCACAAUGUACACAACUUGCAUAAUAUGGUUGGCAUUCAUUCCUAUAUAUUUUACUACUACAUCCCACGUUGAAAUAAACGUUUUCAUGAUGGCUACUACUGUGAGCCUCAGUGCUUCGACUGCACUUUUAUGUCUAUUCUCACACAAAGUAUACAUCAUUAUGGCUCACCCAGAAAAAAAUGUGCGCAUGCCAUUGAUGAAUAUAGCCAAGUACAACAACCCUACAACUCCAAGCCACAGAACGAAUCCCGCAAUAAUGUCAGAUGUUUCUGUUGACACAAGUGAUCAUGACGGGGCUCUUGUAGUAUAUGAUCGCUCCCAAUGCCGAAACUGCGGAACUCAGACUACACAAAAUGUUACCACUGCUACAGUGUUGCACGAUGCAGAAGGUGAGGAGCAACUGCAGAUGGUCCGAUGCGUGAGUUGCACUAUCUCGGGAGAGAAUGGAAACUCUUCAUCUGCGGUAGAGUUAUAA